AUGGAGCUCAGGGAAUUGCGCCUCGCUAUGUCACAACGGUUCGUCUCGCCCAUACUCACACUUAAAACCACUUCCUCUAAUGUUAUCUCAGAACCAUUUGAAAACAAGCCUUACGGCGGCUUCACGCCACUAUUUGUAUGUGACAAACUUGGUAACUUCCCAAGUCGAUUCUGCUGUGGAAGUAAUAGAGGGAAUUGCUGCACCGUCGCAACUUUCGAUUACGGCAGCACCGGAACUUCGUUCAAGACUGGAAUGGACCAGAUGAUCCUUGAGCUUGCCGCGCUGAAUAGCUCUUCAGCAGCAUCUGUUGCGCCUAUGACUGUGACGGUCACCGCAACACUUUCAGCAACUGGCAUAUCAGCAGCGUCUGCCUCGCAAUCCUCAACAGCCGUUUCAUCGACGUCAAAUCUUGGGACUACAAUUGGCUUAGCCAUCGGGAUUCCGGUUGGCAUCUUAGCUCUUGGUCUGCUUGGUUUUUUAUUCUACAGACAACGUAGUAUCAACAGAAAUAUCGUCAUUCAAGCAGCGGUUAGUGAAGUAAAGUCGUCCGUAUAUCGACAACCAUCGACAACCUCGUAUCGGUCCUCGAAGUCUGAGUAUUCAUCAUCGAAAGGGUUCUCGGAGAUGCCUCGCCAUGAGGUUCCUGGUUGA